CCUGUCUUUACUCGGUCUCAUAUGACUUCCGGGAGGGCAGUUCCAAAAAAUUAUAUUUUUAUGUUUUCUAAAUAAUUGUUCAGUAAUGCAUCAUGUUUUUCAGUGCUGAAGAUGACGAUCAAGAUUUUGUGUCAGGAGGGUCUAAAUCAAGGUUAGCUAAUUUAUUUGGUAUAGAUAAGCAGAGUUCCCAAGGUGGUAAUGAAUCAUUAACUUAUACAGCACCUAAACAGCCAAGGCCAAAAGAACCAGCACCACAAACUGAUGGGGCACCUGGUGUUUUGUUUGCAUCUGCAGUAAAUGCUUAUAAAUAUGUUGAUGGGAAGUAUGCUUCACAAGGUAAACUGGGAGCUGCAAUACUGGCUAACCAUACAUCACUGGACUACAGGAUUUUGUUGUAUGUAUCCAAGCAACAGCAGGUGACCAAUGCUAAAAUAACAACAGCAUUCACAUUUACCGUCCAGCCAAAUAACUAUGCAAUUAUAUAUGAUGAUAGUAGACUGACAUGGUCCUUAAAUUUUGAUUCUGAACAAAAUGUACAACUGUUUGCUAAAAAUGUUGCUCUUGCUAAAGCACUGAGUGCUGGAUCUGCCCUGGAAACUGUUAUUUCCCAAGACUUGAAUGUAGGAGAAGGUAGUAUCAGUGUAGAGACUGGUUCAUCGGUAGAGGUCAAAUAUACAGGCUGGUUACUUACCAACAAUACUUUUGGACAGGAAUUUGACAGUAAUGCCAAGUCAGAUAAAAUGUUUCGUUUCAAGACUGGGAAUGGAAAAGUUAUUAAGGGUUGGGACACAGGUGUUGUUGGUAUGAAGAAAGGAACUAAGAGAAUUCUAGUUGUCCCCCCUUCUCUUGGAUAUGGUAGCAAAGGAGCAGGAAGUAAAAUACCACCUAAUUCUACACUUAUAUUUGAAAUCACCAUUAUGAGGAUCAAAGGAGCUAAAGGGACAUCACCUAGUCCUUCUCCUGUCCCAGAUUCUACACAUAGCCAUGUUGAUGAUCAGGAGGAGCAUACUGUUAAAGAAAGAACAAAAUCCAUCUCAGAUCAGAUGUCGGGUACAUCGACUAGUAAAUCUGGGAAAGCCAGACUGAUAUCUAAGAUGGCUAAGAUGGGUCAGCCCAUAUUACCAAUGAUGGGAGGGGCCACACCUGUAGAGGUUGAGGAUGACAGUGGAGAGGAGGAGGAGGAAGGGUCUAUUGAACCCCAAUCCCCACAGCCUAUAGCAGAAAGUCCACCACAACAUCAUGCUACCAAACCAAAGUUUACAAAACCAAAGCCUGUCCAUGCUCAUCCAUCACAGCCCAUGGUACAGACAAUGCCUCAACAAUAUAUACAACAACAGCAACCAGGGAUGUCCCAACCAGCAUUUGUUCAGAAUUUACCAGUAGCCCAGCAGCUAGCAGUAUAUCAGCCUCAACAAGGAUUUACACAGCCUCAAAUGCAGCCACAAGCUUCAAUGGGUCAGUUCCCAGCAGGCCAGCCACCAAUGUAUAAUCCUCAAUUUCAACAACAACCAGAACAAUUACACACACAGUCGGUUGACAAAACUGCACCUGACACUCAGAUUUUGCCUGUGUUAACAGAGAAUAGACAGCAGACGACAGAAUUGAGAAUUAGUAUGGGCAAAGUCUCUGAUAAAGUAGAGAGAAUUUUGGAAAAGGUUGAGAGUAUGCAAAACCAACAAAAUGGUCAGCUGAAUUUACAGUCCACCCAACCUAACAUGGAAGCCUCUGUUUUGAUGCAUAACGUACAGAGAAUUGUCCAGGAAAACGACAGACUUAGAAAAGAUGGGUAUGACAAAAGUUCUAAAAUAGAAUCACUAAACAAUAAGAUAUCAGAACUUUUACAGACUAACCAACAGUUUGUAGAGAAGAGUCAGACAUUAAUAGAACAGAGAAAUGAAGGUUUUAUCUCAACAGCCUCACAGUCACAAGCUAGAGUACUGGCUCUAGAGCAGGAAAAGGUCCAGCUAACAACAGAAUUGGCCAAUGCCUCAUCUCUGUACAGUAAUCUACAAUUAGAAGUGACAAAUUUACGAAAGAAAGAGAUUGAAUACCAACAGAAAAUGGGGCUUUCAUCAAAUGAUUCUGUUAGGCUACAAGAGGAACUUGAGGCACUAAAAAAUCAGAAAAUUGAUGACAGUCAGAAAAUUACAGAAUUGUCAACAAAUUUUAAGGAAGAAAGACAGAGACGAAAACAUUUUGAGUCACAGAUUUCACAAAUACAGGAAGAGUUUAAUGAUAUCAAGUCAUCUAAAGAAAGCCUGGAAAAGAAUUUAAGUGACAGAAAGAGGAAAGCAACAGAAGAAAAGAGAGCGAUGGAAGAGGAAUUUGAAGAAAAUAAAGAACAAAUAGAGAGGGAAAUCCAGACACUAAGAGACAAAUUAAGAAAAGCCAAAUCUUCAACAGAUGUUGCUACAGCUGAACAAGUUUCACAAGUAGAGGAAGAAUUGAACAAAGAAUGGAAAGAAAAAUGUGAUAAAAUGAUGACAGCUCAACAAGAAAAACACAAAAGAGCUCUUCAGGAAGUGAGGCAAGAAAAUGAAGAGCUUCAAACUACCAUUCAGCAGCUUGAGAAAAAGAUAAAAGAGAUAAAAUCUUCAUCUGGAGGUACAGAAAGUCAGAUAACAGAAUUACAAGAACAGAUAGAAGAAAUGACAGCAUGGAAAGAAAAGUAUGAAAAUUUACGAAACCAAGCUACUGGUAUGAAAGAUAAAUAUGAAGAUAGAAUAAAUGAACUUGAAUCAGAAAAGGACCAAAUGGAAGAGGAAAGAGAUGAGGCUUUAGAGCGUGCCCAGAAACAACAGGAAGUAAGAGUGCCAUCUGGUGGUGGUGGUGGUGGUGACGCUUCUAAUCAAUCAGUUGUUGGAGAGGUUAAGAAGAUUAUGAAUACUGUAUAUCAGGAGCUGAAGAACAAGUUUGAUUCUGAUGAAUCCUAUACUGGUGGUGAUGUACUUGGUGCUAUACUCAACUCUAUAAAGUCCACAACAUUAAAACUGGUACAAAGUCAAAGUGCAACCCCAAAACAGGAGGUGCAGGAAGAGAGUGAAGAGGAGUCAGAAGAUGAAGAGGAUGAUGAUGACGAGGAUCAGGAUGGAGAUCAAGAUGAGGGAGUUCAGGAGCAAGAGAAGAAAGUUGUAGAUCAAGACGAGGAAGAUGAAGAAGAAUCAGAUGAAGACGAAGAGGAUGUAAAAGAUAAUGUAGAGGAAGAAAAAAAUGAUGUUGGUAAACCAGCAGAAACUGAUCAAACUCAAUCUGAAAAUACAGUACUGCCCAGUCAGGACCCUCAAAAUAUACCUGAAGAUUUACCAGAAGUAUCCAAUGAAAUGGAAAAUAACAUUGAAACUGACCAAUCAGCAGCCAGUAUUGUUGAAAAUUCUCAAGAAAAUGUUCCUGAGGUCAAUACAGAUAAAAAUGUUGUUAAAGAUGAACAAGAAAAGGAAAGAAACCAUGAUGAAAAGGAAAUAAUUAAUGAAACUAAGGAAGAAAAAAUAGCAGAUUCCAAUACUGAACCUAACAAAACUGAAAAUAAAAAGAACGUGGACAGUGGUUCAAAAGCUAAAGUAGACUUAAGUGAUUUUGAUAUUCCUAAAAUUGAGAAAAAUAAUAAACCUAUAGUACCUCCUGCUGCCUCUAUGGAGCCUCCACCUAUAUUUGAUGAAGAACCAACACAACAGAACAAUACAGACUCCUUGUUUGGAGAUGAUAAUCAUGUAGAAGAUACAUUAGGAAUAUCUUUUAACAAGGAUGAAACCAAAGAUUUAAAGAAAAAAUCAUCAAAAGUCGAUUUGUUAGAUGAUGAUUUGAAACCACAGCCACCACCUCCAUUGUUCGGUGAUGAUGACGACGACGAUGAUGAUUUAGAUUGGUUGAGUUAACACAAACUGUUAUGAACACAAUUUUAUGUGCCAAAACUGUGAUAGAACAUUCCACUAAGUGUUGUUAUGUAUUGAAAGCAAAAUUGCAUUAUUCAUUAAGGGGGAGGGGAUAAAUCAGGUCUAAAUGCCACUGAUGGUUGAGAGGUUGUUUCCAGAAGACAUGUUACUUUAAUAAAUCUAUUUUUUUCUUCUUCAUAUACAUGUAUACCAUGAUUGGUGAGAAUGUUUAUUAGAUAUAGUAACGGGUGGCUAUUUCAGACAAAAUUGAAUUUAUAUUCUAUUUAUUUUCAAAAUUUUAUUUCUAAAUCUUUGAAAACACUGAUUGAUGAGUGUAUUUUUUACAAAUACAUGUAGCUUCAUUGAAAAGUCUAUGCUGAUUAUACCUCUUGUAAAUGCCUAAAUAGAUGUGCAUUACAUGCCUGUCAACUUUUAAAAAUGCCCAUGGUGGUUUUACGUGCAAGAUGGCUGUCAUAGUCCUAAAGAACCUUCAAGGGGGCCUGCAUAUACAUAUUAAUGUUGUCUUUUGGCUUCUUCAUACUUUUAUAAGCCUAACGUCAUUGGAAAACUAAUUGUUUUGUUAAAAUUGUGGACAAAAUUGCUCUUUCAAAAUUUUAAUUUGGGUGCCUCCAUGGGGGAAAUCCCCCACAAAUAGUGACAGUUGGCAGGUAUGGCACUACCUGUCAGCAGUAGUUUUUUCAUGAGAUUUGAGAUUGAGAAGAUGUACAUAUAACUAGCUUAACUUGCUUAUCAUAGUACUAAAUUUUGUUUUUUCCUAUUUCUAAUUUGACAAUACAAUAAUCAUUUAAUUCCAAAUCCUUAUAAUAGCAACAUUUAUUAAGACAAAAAUCUUUUAGAAUAAAAUACAAUUGUUUUAAUACCUUAAUUACUGUGUACAAAUUUUGAUUUUUAGUAAUACUUUUCUUUGAAUUCAGAAAUUUUUUGAAAGCACUUCUUUUAUUAAUAAUGAAAGAUAAAAUAAAAUGGUAGAUUAAUUAUUGCCACAUCAAGGAAAGGUGCAUUUAAAUAAUAGUAUUACAUUUAAAAUGUGACUUUAUUUUUGAAAAAACUAUCCUGUAAUAAGUUUGCAAUAGUAACCACAUUGUAAAAAAAUUAUUAAUGUAUGGUAUUUAAGAAAACCCAUUGCUAUUGGGUGUUAAUUUAUGUUUCCAUAUACAUGUGGCAUAAUCAUAUUAGAUAUUUCAUUUAUGUUGACAAAAUGUCAGGAUUAAAAUGAUAAAAACCCAGGCUAUUUGAUGGUUGAUGGAUGAUAGGGGCAUAUUAAAAAGUUGGAGAUAGAAGAAAUAGAUCAAAUGUAUUGUAAAAUUUAAAUUCAUUUGUACUAACAUUUUGCUUUUUAAAAAAACAUUAAUUUAUUGUAAAGUUGAUUUGUUGUUGAAUGUAGAAUGAAAUUAAAAUUAGUGUAUCAGAAAUUAUUUCCCUUUAUUACAAGCAGCAGUGUUGGUGCUUUUGUUGUUUUAUUGUUUAAAUGUCAUACACAAUAAUGUGCAAUGUUAUAAAGAUUACAGAGUGAAUAAAUUAUUUUUAUGAGA